GCUCCUUUUUAUUCGAGAUGCCUUAAUCACAAAGGCCAAACAUCAUAGGUAAAAUUUGUUUGGCCGCGUUUUAGAGUCUUUUGCUAAAUAAGCAUAUAUAUCUUUGACUGUUCUAUGAGUAAUCCCAGAACGCUCUCGGGUUACUUGGGUAUUAUUUCAGUUUCAUGCCUAGUAGUUGGCAACUUGGCACUAAAACCAUAGAUAACAGCGGGCAUCCAUCCGAUCACCGGAGUCACUUCGUGAUUAUCGAUCAGCGGAUCAACGCGAUCGCAAAGCAUCAAGCAGCCACCGUCCACCCAGCUCUGAGAUCUCGUGUACAAAAAUAGAGAACAAGAGGGCAGUUUAUGUCAAUAUCCUCGAGGAGCACCAGAAAUGACUGAGACUCCUAGCUCGAGCGGCGGCGUCUCGCCCAAGACAUACACGGCGUUUUUCUAUGGUACCUUGAUGGCCUCAGAGGUCUUCUUCACGGUCUGUUUCCGUAUGGCCAACCCCCCGCAGGCGCUUAAGUCCGAGUACACAUUCCGUCCUGCCAUUCUGCAUGGUUACUGUCGACGAAGGGUAAAGGACGCCGACUAUCCAGGCAUCGUACCCGACGCCGAGCACACGGUGCGCGGGACCUACGUGACGGGCUUGACAGAGGCCAACCUUGUCAAGCUCGACUUUUUUGAGGGUAGUGAGUAUGAUCGUUUACCAGUCAAGGUCAAGCUGCUGGAAAAGGUCGGGGACGAUAAGGGUGAAGGCAAUGUUGAGGGCGCCGAGGUCGAAACCUCUACGUACGUCUUCAAGGACAAGGCUCUGCUCGAGGACAAGGAGUGGGAUUUCGAUCACUUCCGCAAUGAGCGCAUGAAGCACUGGACAAGGGAGGAUUACUGCUUCUCUGAUUAGGCGGCGAGCCGGUGGACGCCCGGGGGAAACAUGGGCUUCACGAUCAGCCCUGGAGGACCGAAGGGAUGCAGCGGGCGGUCGCAAGUGGUAGCAGCUGAUGCGCUGGUGUGAAGAGGCGCUCUUUAAGGCAUCAGGCAGUCAUGCCACUCUCACGACAAGCUGAGUCGGUUGCACCUGCGGCUCAUCCAUGCCUUGGGGGCCAGCUCAAAUCAGGGAGGGUCUGCCAAAAACUUGACUGCCGUGGUUCGCCCACCCCCACAAGAGAUGAGAGUCGCCAUCCACCAAAUCUCCGGGAUCUCUUCUUCUUGGUAUCGAAUAUAGGAGGACCGGUGGGCCGUGCUUCUCCGGGGAACAAAAACAAGGCUUGUACCUACCUAAACUAAAGAGAAUACCUCACCAGCGUCGGAGCAUAUUACCAUCGUUAGAUGCGUCAAGCAAGUCUUUGGCGUUUA